AUUUUGUUUAACAGUACGCUAAAUUUCAUUUGUCGUGCAUUGGCAAUGCAGUUUGACUCAUUUUUUUCUCCUGCAUGUUGUCAUUUUCUCUGAAUUUAGCUUGUAGGAGUCCACCUUUUCAUCUAUAAAUAUGCUGAUAUAUUCGACACGACAACCCGACGUUAGCAUUUUUCUCGUUUCUUUCUAUCAGCAAUCCGUAUUUUUCACAACAAACUCCUUGCUUUUGCUUAUAGGUCAGUCGUAGUGUUGCACUACAGGACGCUUAUUGCUCCUUGCAAACGAGCUCUCGUCCACUGACAAAUUACCUACAGUGGUUCGUAGAUGCCUUCAUUUAUUGCGGGCUUGUUGCUUUUGCCUGCAGGCAAUGUGUCACACUUGCUGCAAUCUUCUUGCUCAUUUCUAUAAAGGAUCCGCCACACUUGCAAUGCAUUCACUAGAAUUGUUCGUAUGUAGGAUCGUAGUAUGCAUUACAAGCCUUACGUUGUCAUCUGCGGGUAAGCUGCAUUGGAUGUAAAUUUUAAUUUAAAAUUUAAAAAUUUAUGUAUUUACCUUUUAAAUAUUAUAAUUAUCUAUAAUUUUAUUUUUAUUCAUAUUUUUUUAUAUAUCAUGUGUAAAUAUUAAAUAAUAUAGAAUAAAUUAAAUUUAAGUAUUAAGUAUCAUGGAAAUAAUGCCCAAGUUCUAUAGAUAGUAUUCUAAUUAUAAAAACUAAUAAAUCUCCUCUUCGGAGUGGGUGCAUUAUCAUCCAGAUUCAUAAUGGAUAAUAACAUUUAAAAAAAAAAGCAAAGAUCUAAGAUAGUACUUAUAAUUUUAUUUUAAAAUUUAGAUUAUUUAAGACAAAUUCAUAAACAUAAUAAAUACACAAACAUUCGAAUCCAAAAAAUUUUAGUUGGAAUCGAAGUUUUCAAUUAACCGCUCAAUAUGAGCCGUGUAUGUUUUUUUUAAAAACUCGUUUGAUUUUUAAAGAAAUUUUCUUUGUUUUCGGUGCGGGCAAAAUUAAUAUUUAUUACGUGGGCUCGUAUAGCUCGCUCAGAAUUAACUCGAUUCAUCUAAAGAUAUAUAUAUAUAUAUAUAUUGCCCGGCUACGUCGUCCUGUUUGGUCUGCUUGGUCGAAAUCCCAACACAAGGAAAGUAGGAAACGCUGGACCGGAGCUAAAACCAUCCGAAAACCCCCAAAACCCUAAAGCCGGCCACUACUCUGCUGUCGUCCAUCUAUGGCGUUCUCCGCGCGGCUACGGGAUCUGAUGAACAAGUACGGCAAGGUGGCGCUCGGCGUCCACUUGUCCGUUUCCGCCGCCUCUAUCACAGGACUCUACGUCGCCAUCAAAAACAACGUGGACGUUAAGUCUCUCUUCGAGAAGGUUGGCCUCUCCUCCACCGUCCCUCACCAUUCUGGAGACGGGGAAGCAUCCAUUGGAGAUUCAACGGCCGUUAUUCUCGAGGACCACGAGUUCCCUCCUUCCACUACCGUGGAUCAAGGGGAGCAGCGGCCUCGGCACAGCAAUCGGACGGCAGAACUUGCGGCUUCGAGCGGCGGUGCGUUGGCACUGGCGAUCCUGUGCAACAAGGCGCUCUUCCCCAUCCGUGUUCCAAUCACGAUCGGGCUGACGCCGCCGAUCGCCAGGUUUCUUGCCAGGAGGAAAGUCGUCAAAAACGUGUAACUCGACACUUUGAUCACUCCCUUUGUUGCGUUUGAUCUUGUGCUGUUUGUUUAAUUGAUUGGAGUGCCUCCUAUGGCUUCCGGAUGCUUGAUCAAAAUGUUAUAGGUCUAGAUGUUGUAGCUCUUCAAAUUUCUUAUGACUAGGCAUUUCUAAUCCAAUAAGCAGAUAUAUUAAAUACUUUUCAAUGAACAGAUUCUGAAGAGGUUCAGUUAGAAAUGUUUGUUUUAGAAAUAUGGAUUCCUAUGUGAAAGGAACUACGGAAGUGUUUUUCAA